GCAAACAAGACAAUCCUUUACGCUGCUCAAAAGAAGGCUACCUCCACUUUGGCAAAGAAGGCUUGCCAACGUAACUUUACUUUGGCUUUGAACGAUGCCAAGAAACCAGAUUAUGUCCCAGGAGAAUAUGACAAUAUUAAAUUGGUAUCUGCUGAACGUCCAGGUCCAAAGAGCAAAGAACUUGUUGAGAGAAUGAACAAAAUUCAGGAUAUGAGAACUGCUCACUUUGUUGCUAACUUUGAAAAGAGCAAGGGUAACUUUGUUGUUGAUGCUGAUGACAAUGUUAUUUUGGAUACUUUCACUCAAAUUUCUGCUCUCCCUCUCGGUUACAACCAUCCAUAUCUCAUUGAAAAAUUCCAAACUGAUUCCAGAUAUGCUACCAGCUUCUUGAAUAGACCAAGUUUGGGUAUCAAUCCACCACACAAUUAUAUUGACAUUCUUAAUGAAUCAUUUGUUAGAGUUAUGCCAAAGGGUAUGACUGAUGUUGUUACAUUGUCAUCAGGAGCUGAAGCUAACGAAAAUGCUUACAAGACUGCUUUCUGUAGAUAUCGUCAAUUGCAAAGAGGUGGCAAGUCACCAUCCCAACAAGAAAUGGACUCUUCUGUUCUCAACAAUGCUCCAGGUACACCAAACUUGUCAAUUUUGUCCUUCAAAGCAUCAUUCCACGGUAGAACUCUUGGAUCUCUUACUGCCACCCACAGCAAGGCUAUUCACAAAGUUGAUUUCCCAUCUUUCAACUGGCCAGUUUGUGACUUCCCUCAAUUGAAAUAUCCAUUGAGUGAACAUGAAGUUGAAAAUAAGAAGGAAAUGGACAGAUGUUUGGAAGAAGUUGAAAAGACUAUCAAACUCUCCCACUCAACCAACUCACCUUGGGGUGAUGUUGCUGGUUUGGUUGUUGAACCUAUCCAAUCCGAAGGUGGUGACAGACAUGCUUUGCCAUAUUUCUUCAGAGAAUUGAGAAGAAUUACUAAGGAAAAUAAUGUUGCCUUUAUUUGUGACGAAGUUCAAACUGGUGUCUGUGCUACUGGUACUUUCUGGGCUCAUGAACAAUGGGGUUUGGGUGAAAAUGGUCCUGAUAUCGUCUGUUUCUCCAAAAAGUGUCAAACUGCUGGUAUUUUCCAUCGUCCAGAAUUCAAGAUUGACAUGCCAUACAGAAUUUUCAAUACUUGGCUUGGUGAUUACACCCGUGCUAUCCAAUUUGGUCAUGUUAUUGAUGUUAUUGAAAAAGAUAAUCUCUUGUCAUUGGUCAAUGAAACUGGUGCUUACAUGAUGAAGCAUUUGCAAGAAUUGUCUCAAAGAUAUCCAGGAAAGAUUGAUAAUGUUAGAGGUGUUGGUACUUUCAUUGCUUUCGAUUCUAACAAGCAAGGAGAAUUAUUGAAACAAAUGCUCCACAGAGGUGUCGAAGCUGGUGCUUGUGGUUCAAACACCAUUCGUCUCAGACCAAUGUUAGUCUUCCACCAAUAUCAUGCUAAUAUCUUCCUCCAAACUUUGAAUGAAGUUUUGAAAAAUCUCUAAUUAAAAGAAUUAAUUUAUUUCU